UUUCCUUCAUUGACCAGAUUGCCUGCUUAUCUCCUUCUUCUCCUCCUCCUACUUCUCCUUCUUUUCUCUUAUUCCCGUCAAUAAACAAAUAAAAUCAAAUGGACGCUUUUAACCAUUCUCUUUUACCUCUUUCUCUUUUUUUGUUACUAUUAUUUGGCCUUCUUGCCUUUCAGAAUUUUCAAGUUUACUCUUCUUCUUCUUUUUGUUCUGUGGGAGAAGAAGUUUUUUGAUAUUAAUUAUGGGAAACUGCUGCAGAAAACCAGCCAAGUGCGCUCAUGCUUCUUCUACUAAUUUUUCUUCUGGAAGCAAAAAGUCUCAUAAUAAUGAGUUGAAGCAGGAUUCAACCUCUUCCUGCCAGCAAGCUUCACUGGGAAGCUUCAACAAAUCUUUGAUAACAAGCACGGUUGAUGCAUCUGUUCCCAGCAAUCUCAAAUCAUUUAGCUUUAUUGACCUAAAGAAUGCCACCAAGAACUUUCGCUCGGAAACGUUGCUUGGAGAGGGUGGUUUUGGGUGCGUUUUCAAAGGAUGGCUUGAUGAGAAUACUUUAGCUCCUACUAAACCUGGAAGUGGGAUUGUUGUGGCAGUAAAGAGGCUCAAGGCAGAAAGCUCUCAGGGCCACAAGGAGUGGCUUGCAGAAGUUAACUAUCUAGGUCAGCUUCGUCAUGAAAAUCUAGUGAAGCUCAUUGGAUAUUGUGCAGAAUCUGAGAACAGACUUCUAGUUUAUGAGUUUAUGCCCAAGGGAAGUUUGGAGAAUCAUUUAUUCAGAAAAGGGGAUCAGCCUAUUGCCUGGGCUAUGCGAAUGCGCAUUGCCAUUGACGUAGCAAGGGGAUUGUCCUUCUUACAUGGUUUAAAUGCUAAUGUAAUCUACCGUGAUUUGAAGGCAUCCAAUAUUCUACUUGAUUCGGAUUACAAUGCAAAGCUUUCAGAUUUUGGCCUAGCAAGGGAUGGUCCUACUGGAGAUAAUACUCAUGUUUCAACCAAAGUGGUGGGAACUCGGGGUUAUGCUGCACCAGAAUACGUAGCUACAGGUCACUUGACUCCUAAGAGCGAUGUAUAUAGCUUUGGUGUUGUCUUGCUAGAAUUACUCUCAGGAAGAAGAGCAAUGGAUGAUGAGAGAGCUAAUUUUGUUGAAGAAACUCUUGUGGAUUGGGCAAAACCUUUCCUCAGUGACCCCAGGCGAGUUUUAAGAAUCAUGGACACCAGAUUGGGCGGUCAGUACUCCAAGAAAGGAGCCCAAGCUGUAGCUGCACUUGCAUUGCUAUGCCUGCAUACAGAUUCCAAAAAUAGGCCACAGAUGAUCGAGGUUCUAACCACCUUAGAAAAAAACAUAUCAAAGGACAUGCCAACAUCACCCUUUCCAGCCAAGCUGGAUAGUCACAGGAUCAAGCACAUUAAUAGCCCUCACAGGAGAGUAAUAGAGCAACUACGAAUUUGAUAUGACCAAUCUUUUCCCUUUGUGUGCUGAAUGCUAAUGCAUCGAUCAUGUUACUCGGGGAACUGUUCUCAUGGUAUUGAAGUGCACUUGAAGGUAGUACCUGUAAAGCGUUUACAGAAUGUGUUAACGUGCGUAUAUUGCGAGCGAAGUCAGCUUUCCAGACCAUGCAAAAACCAAACUUAGCACUUAGCAGCAAGGAAUCAAUGCUUGUAUAUAGUCUCCUAGUUUUAGAAGAAUGUUAAUGUGGAAAUGGCAUGUAUAUGCAUAUGUAAGUGGCUCUUGGUGUAAUUUUUGUUUGUUAGGUGGAUUAAUUAAACAAAAUCCUAAAAUGAAUUAAAAAAAAAAAAAGGUAUUUCAGAUCA